AUGACCCUUUUUAGGGAAGAUUCCAAGCCAGACCUUCCACUUUUGGAAUCUUCUGUGCAGUCACAGAUCGAAAAGGAAGUGUCAGUACCUAACAGCAAUGCUGAACAUUUGUCAAAGCCUAAUCUGAAAAAUUGGAGGCCGAAAAUUAUCAAUGCAGCACCCGCCGUUGAGGUACCAAUUAAAAAGGAGUGUUCAAUACCAACAGAUACUGUAUUAAGCUCUUCAGAUUUGAAACAGAGACAGGAACCAAGCACUUUAAAAAGAAAACCUAUUAUUCAAUUAAGGAAAUUAAAAGAAGAAACAGGUGUUUCAGAAAGCUCAUCCAAGUCAAAGCUGAAAGAUGAUUCCAGCAUGAGUGAUUUUAUUGCUAAGCCUGUUAUCAAAGCAGAGGGUAAAAAAAGAAAUCCAGUGCUAAAAGCUGCUGGUAAAAGUUCUGCAAAAUUACAGAAGUCGCCAAAAAGCUCAAAGAAACCUGCAAAAAGAAAAUUUGCGUCUAUUGAAGGGUUUGGGGAAAUACCAAUACAUACUUAUAGUAGGGCACAUAAAAAGAAAGCUCUAAUAAAUAGGCUUGUUACUUCUGAUGGUUUUGUUAGUAAUGAAACUUCUGAAGAAAAUUUGAUUGGAAGUUCCUCCACUGCCAUGGAACUUCUAGACACUGAAAGCUCGAAGUUUAAAUGUAUUGAAUGUGAUGAAAUUGUUGAUUUAUCACAUUUUGCGUAA